AUGGUGCAGGUCCGGCCUCCAGCGCCGGGGCGCAGCGCAUCCGCCCACGCGUUCGAGAGCAAGCUCAGCCAGCAAUUAUCACAGUCGGAAGCGCCCUUCACUCAGCAUGAGUCUGUGUCUCGCUCACCCAAGUCGCGCUCCUUGUCCGAUGCUUCCAAACCUGCUAUACCCCAACCCUCCACGGGGGACUUAAGUCGCCCACCCAGCAAAGACGACAGCGCGAUCCCCUCUUUGCCGGCAACGCCCAGCAGGUCGAACCUGCACCAGCCGAGCCUGUCGUUGAACCUGCCCUCCAAAACCGCCUCGCCUUCUGUCGUCAACCGUGCCCCUCUUUCUCCCAAACUCGAUUCCUCCCAGAUAUAUGGGUCCCCCGGUUCUGUUCUGCCCCGGCGCUCCCGUGGGCUGGACUUCUCGCGCGCCUGCACCAACCUUCAUCACUCAACUCUCGCAGAAUCGUCCCCAGACUCAUCACCGACGGUUGGAGGCCGCGGAAUGAUGAUCCCUCAGCGCCGGGGGUCGCUUGGGAUGACUUCGGUCCCACCUUUCUCAACCUCCGGCCCCGCGGAUCGGACGACGAUCUCUAGUUCGGUCUCGAGCGUGAACAUGCUGGAGUCGGACACCAGCAGCAGUGAAGAUGAGGGCGAAGCCAUGAUGGGCGACCGCGAUGACAUUAUGCUCAACACGCCGCAGGCGGCGCGAAUGGGUAGCGGGCCCAGUCCUUUUGCGACAGGCAAUAUUCAGAGUCCUGGGAACGACUGGCUGGGCGGUUACUCGCAAGCUGCUGCCAGUCUCAUGAGCUUUCAGCGGGCCCGGUUCCGGAAAGGACGAAGUCGCCAUAGCUCCAGCAGCGCCAGCGGAAACAGCUCCAAGCCCAGCCCGGGACCUCAUUCGCCUCCAGUCAUGAAGAGUGUCGAGAACCCCGUCGCUGGGUAUUUUGCUCCGCGACAAUCCGUUCAUUCUCGACGGGAGAGUUUAAGUUUGGGCACCCGAGAUCUUCGACUAUCCGAUCUCAGUGACGACGGCGAGACUCGCACGACUCGAGGAGGCAGUCCUUCUGGUGUAUCGUAUUCCGAGGGUGGGCCACUCGGUGUGAUUCGCCGUGCAGUCACUCGUCGAGGAAGUCUACUGCCUAAAACCAAGACUUUCGCCCGCAUUCGCGCCGCCUUGAUGGAAGAAGGCGCUCCUGUCGACAGUGACAUGAAGCGGGAGGCGGAAGUCGUCAGGCAGGUCCGCGACACCGAGCCUGAGACAUCUCCCACGCUCAGUACUUUCCCAUCUCUCCAGCCAUCACAUCCGGUCGACACGCCUGAUAUGGACCCAAGUAUUACCGCUACAGACUCCGACACCGCGACCCCUCGUACAAGCAGUUUCAGCAAGCAAGCUAGUCGCCACUCUGGCGGGGUCGAGUUCUGGAACUCGUUCGAUGAUCGCUAUCGCACACCACCCCCGACUCACGAUGACAUCCCCAUGGACAUGACUCCCUCCACCACUCUGGGGUCGAUCACGGCCGACUACAUGCAGCGCUCUCGUUCUUCCACCCCUCAUGCCCCCAAUAUGACCGCUAUUGGUGAAUUAUGUCGCAAGCGGCGUCGUGAAGAUGACUUUGAUCCCAACCUCUUCAAGCGGCGAGCUGUAUCGCCGAGCGUGAGUGCUCAAAGCAGCCCGGUGUUGACCCAUUCCUCCACUGUCGAUACCAGUGGACCCAACAUCUGGGGUCCGCCGUCCAAGCUGGGACCACCCUUCUCUGAGCGGCCUAGCACGGAGAAUGGCAGCGGCAGUGUUAACGGCAAUGGUGGCAAUGGCGGUGGUAGUAAUGGCAAUCGAUUCACUCCUCAUGCUGGCACCACGAAACGUGUGGGCUUGCAGGGUAUGACCGAAGCCAGCGACGGGUUCAUGAACAUGAGCAUCGAGUGA